AUGUAAUUAUCUCCAAAAUCACAAACUAUAUUUCAAUCCUUAUUCAUUGAAAAAACUAAGGAUCAAAUUAAUAAUAUUCUUCAAUAUAAACUAUCCUUAGCCAAUAAAGCAAGAUAAAGGUUUGUAAAAAAUUAGAUUGAUCGGCCAAAUACUUCUAUGGUUUAGUAACCAAAUGAAAUUGAUUACCCUUAAAAUCAUUUCCAAAAGCAUAGAAAAAUUUCAAUGAAUGAUUCUUAACUUACAGUUGUAACCAUAAGAAAACCAUAAAAAAUAAUGCAUACAAUAGAACUUAGCCCUUAAGUUUAACCUAUUACAUCAUUUAAUUCUUAAAGAAAAUAUAGGCAGUUGUAAUUGUGUGAAAAAUCCACUAAUCCAGCACCUUAAGUUCAUAGUCCAGAAAAUGAAAAAUAAUUUUAUUUCAAGCAAAAAUAAUAUCGAAAUAAAUUGUAAUUAAAGUAUAGUGAUGAUAAUAAUAUAAAACUAAAAUAAUAUGUCAAAGAGUAACGUUCAAAUAGCAAAGGAGUUUAAGAUUAGAUAAAGUAUUAAGACAAAAUGGAUGAAUGUUUUAGGGACAACUUAUUUUUGUAGCAAAAAUAAGUUGUUCCUAAAAUAGAAAAUUUUAAGAUGUCUACAAAAAAAUUUGAUUAAUAAUUAGAACCAAUUGAUCAAAUAUUAGAAUUGCGACUUUAAAAAAUGAAAAAAAAAUCUUAAUAAUGA